AUGUUGGUCACCUCUUCGCAAACGUCUACACAGCGACCAUUAGGUCUAUCUGUUGAAGAAUUAUUUGCAUUAGAUCGGCAAUAUCGUCGAAUCGAACAACAGCAACAUUUAGCUCAAUUACAAGCACAAUCACGUUUAACAUCAUCGAAUCUUAAUCGUUUAGCUAGUCGAUCCCUUGAUCUCAUAUCAUCACUCCCACCGUCAAAUCCACUUACGAUUCUUCCAUCCCUGGAAGUACAGGGCCAUGGAUACACAACGAAUCGAUCACAGCCUUCACCUUCAUCUAAUUCCAACUAUGCACGUUCACAUUCAAUAGAUCAACUAAGAUAUUCCAAUCCACCACCACCACCGCCACCGCCGCCGCCACCUCCUAUUAUAAAGCAUCGAUAUCCACAAAGACCUUCAACAAAUGAUAUUAUUGGGCAUCAACAAUAUCAAACAAAUUUCAGAACUUAUCUAACCCAGCCUAUCAUGCCUGCUGGUAAUACAUCAUUAUUGGCAAAUAAUUUUGUUUAUGAUCCACCAUCAAUUAAUAAUUAUACGGAUAAUCGAGGUUCUUGUAAGCUUCGUCGACAACAGCCCAUUAAACGUGAGUCAUCACGUCGUAUUGUUGUUCGACCUGUUGUACAACGACGCCGUGAACCAUCGAUAAGUUCAUCAUGCGAAUCAUUAGAUGAACGACGUUCAUAUAAUAAUUAUCUUCCAUCUCCAUCGAAUUAUUCUAAUCAAUCUGUACCAUUUACACCAUCAACUUCAUUAAUCGAAGAAGUUAUUAAUGGUUUAAAUGAAGAAACAACUAAUUUAGCACAUAAUAUUUCUUAUAGUGAUUCAACAUCCGAUGAUGAUGAAGUAAAUCUGUAUGAAAUGCGUGUACCAAUUGGUAAAACAUAUGAUACAUCAGAUAUAAGUGUACAAUUAGAAGGACCGAAAAUUUUAAUUCAUUGCCAUACAAUUGAACCAACAGAUAAACGUGGAAAUUAUCGUAAACAUGAAUUAAAAACGGAAUUAUUAGUGCCUGAUGUUGUCGAUGAUGAAACCAUUGCUGCUUAUUUAACUGAAGAUGGAGAUUUGAUUGUUGAAGGAAAAUAUCAUUCAUGGGCAUGGAAAGAAAUUAAAAAGAAAAGACGUAUUGAACAAGAAGAAUUAAAAACUGUAUCAUCGUCGGCUAAUUCAAAAAUAGUAUCCACAAAAGAUAAUAGCGGAGGUUUGGAACAAAACAGUAGAUCAUCAUCCUACAAAUCCAACAAUAGCCGAAUAAUAAAUAAUAAAAUUGAAAAACUUGAUAAUAAUCGAACUGUUAUUCAUCUUGGUGAACCACUAUCAUCGAAACAAAAAAGUGUUAGUGAUAUAAUAAAUCGUUUUAAUACAUUGAAUAGACAUGAUUCAUCAAGUAUGAAGGAUGGACAAUAUUCAUUUAGUAAUGAUUUUCCACCGAAACUUAUUUAUCAUCUUCGUUUACCUUUUGAAACAUUAAUGGAUUCAAUACGUAUACAAUCGGACUCGCAAUUAAAUAUAUUAAAAAUUUUCAUUGAACAACAAGAAAAAAGUUUAUUAGAAGAACAACAAAAAAAUAAAAUAAUUGUACGUUCUACAUCACGUCUAUGUCGUUUACCACGAGAUCAUACUUAUGAUUAUAAUCGUUUACGUGUUAACUUUCUUGACAAUAAUUUUAUUCGUAUUGAACUACCUACAUUAAGUUGA